ACGCGGGGCCACCGCCGACCGACCCGUCGUCGUCGUCGUCGUGUUCUCUGAUAAUCAAGGAGGGCCGUCGUGUGCGCGUCCAGCCCGAGAGUGGCCGCUGAGCCUCGACACAAAAAAUCCGGAAAAGAUGGUCAUGAUGGCUGGCAUGGACGACCACGAGCGUAAAGUCGUCCUAGAGUUCUGCCAUCUGCUCGAAAAAAGUAAGCAGCUGUUCAACGGUCUACGGGAUCUGCCACAGUACGGGCACAAGCAGUGGCAGGGCUACUUCGGGCGCACCUUUGACAUCUACACGAAGCUCUGGAAGUUCCAGCAGCAGCACAGGACGAUACUAGACACGAAGUACGGCCUGAAGAGGUGGCAGAUCGGCGAGAUCGCGAGCAAGAUCGGCCAGCUCUACUACCAUUAUUACCUCCGUACCAGCGAGACCAGCUACCUGCACGAGGCCUAUUCGUUCUACGCGGCGAUACGGGGUCGCGCGUACUACAGCCGGGCCGCGAAGGAGGACAGGAGCGAUCUAAUGGUGAAGAAGCUCAGGUACUACGCCCGUUUCAUCGUGGUCUGCCUUCUGUUGAACCGUAUGAAGCUGGUCCGCGAGCUGGUCCAAGAGUUCGACGCCCAGAUCGCCGAUUACACGAGCACAUACGAGCCGGACGAUCAGCUCGAAUGGAAUCUGGUGCUGGACGAGAUCAAGGCGUUCGUGAAGGCCGAGACCGCGUUGGGUGUGGUGCACACGGACUCCUCGAACCCCGUGAUACUCACGCACAGGCUCGGACCGCAGACCUCGCCGCCCGUCGAACGUACGCCACCGAUGUGCCUAUCGCUGCAGGAGAUCCUGAUCGUCGGUAAUUGCGCCGAUCAGGUGAAGUUCAGCGAGUUGUCGAUGGACAUGUUCAGGAUGCUGCAGACCUUCGAGAGGGAGCCACGCGACGAUCCGAAUCAUCUGCACGACGCAUCGCCCGCUGGACGGAUGCCGUUCAGGCCGGGACCUUAUCCUGGAGCGGAGAACGGCGCGCCUAGACGCGACAAUCCGCACAAGUACCUGCUGUACAAGCCGACCUACAGUCAGGUACAGGUGUUCCUGGCGAGCGGUUUCAAGGAGCUGCCCGCGAACGGGGCGUUGCUGUUGUACCUGUCCGCGGACGGAUGCUUCUCCACCGUUAAACACCCGGAGGAACUGGGUUACGACCUGGGCGGCGUGUCGACGUGCAGCAAGAGGGACCCGGAGCACGGGAAGAGGCCGACAGGUGGGAAGGAGCCUCACUGCCUCUACCCGGGCGACCUCUAUCCGUUCACCAGAAAACCGUUGUUCGUGGUCGUCGACUCGGACAACAGCUUCGUGUUCCAACAGAUACCCCGUUACUUCGGGCAGCCGUUGAUGGUGCUGAUGUCACCGCAGGACACGCCACAGACCCUGCGGGACCUGCGGCACGGCGGCAGCCUGUUCACCCUGUUCCUCCACGCCCCACUCGCCGCCUUUUGCCUUAUAUGCAACAUCGGUAGCCUGGCCGUGCACCACUGGGAGCGGUGCCAGCGUUACAUCGAGCGAUUCCUCAUCGAGGCGUGUCAGCUCGUCACCCGCUCCAGAUGCGGUAAGGGCAGCAAAGGCCCCGUUGCCAUCCACCGUUGCCGGACGCGGAGGUGCUCGAGCAUCCGAAUCUCCAUCAUCUGGUGCUCGAUCUCGCCGCCUGUCUCGACUGUCGCGGCCACUUUCUCGACAGCAACGAGCUCGCCUGACCCCGGCAUCUACCGUGCCCGGCCCCCGAGUCGACGUCCCUGUUGCCGCCGUACAGCCACGACUACGAUUACGAUUACUGUAACUAUAGUUGCAAAAAUAAAAUCGUUACACUGAGACCUCAUUAAAACAGAACCGCAAAGUCUAACGGCAAGUAAUCGCGUGCUCGAUAUUUAAGAGAAAAAAAAAGAGAGAGAGAGAGAGAGAGAGAGAGAGAGAGUGAGAGAGAGAGAAAGAAGAAAAUGGAAAAAAACGAAAAACCGUCGCUCGAUUCAAUACAGAACAUACAGACAGACAUACAC